AACCGGACACCGACUCUCAGAGCGGCUCCUGGCCGGUCACAACGCAGCGGAGCCCGGCGGCAGCAGCACUGAGCAGCGGGGUGACGAGCAGAGUCAGUCCGAGGACCAGCAGCUGAGGAGCGGCGCGGCGCGGCUGAGGCGGAGGCUCCGGUCCUCCGGUCCUCCUGCGGGACUUUAACGGCUCUUAACGGUUCUUCUCUCCUCUUCUCCCGCUGCUCUUUGUGGCACAUAACGGAGUUACCGUGAAAGUGGGUGAAGUACCGGCAGCCUGACAGCCAACAGCAUGAAGAAGAACAACUCCGGUAAACGGGGUCCGCAGGACUCGGCGCCGCAGCUCGCUCAGCCCGAUAAGGUCGGCUGGAUCCGGAAGUUCUGCGGGAAGGGGAUCUUCAGAGAGAUCUGGAAGAACCGGUUUGUGGUUCUGAGGGGAGAUCAGCUGUUCAUCUGUGAGAAAGAGGUGAAGGAGCUGGGCCGGGCUGACGAGGUGUUGGAUCUGUCGGACUACGAGCGCUGUGAGGAGAUCAGGAAGAACAAGAGUCGCAGCAAAAAGAACCACAGCAAGUUCAGACUGCAACGCUGCAGCACGCCGGGCAACACGGUUCCUAACCUGGUCUUCCUGGCGGUUAGUCCGGAGGAGAAAGAGUCCUGGAUCAACGUCCUGAACGCCGCCAUCACACGAGCCAAAAACAGAAUCCUGGAUGAGGUGACAGUCGAAGACUCUCAGCUGUCUCAUAUGACUCGAGAUCGAGUGAGGAUUCCUCACAACCGACGCCUGCCGACCAGAGGUCACCUGCUGGCUGUGGCCUCCACCUCCUCCUCAGACGGGAUGCUGACUCUGGAUCUGAUCCAGGAGGAGGACGCUUCGUCUUCUCAUGGCGCCAACGGCUGUGACAGGUUCAAGGUCGAUUUGGACAAAUCUAUGUCCCACCUCAGCCCGGACUGUCCCAGGUCCAAAACCGACGGCGCUCUCUCUGCCAGGACCGUCGAGGCUUCUGGGAAAUCCCAGAGUCUUCCCCGUCAGGUGGAGGUGGCGUGGGAGAAGACCUCCCAAACCCCCCAGCCUGGAAAAAGCCUGACGACGGCAGAGAAAAACCGCUGUGCCUCCAUGGACGAGAUCCUGACGCACUCAGAGACUAAAUCUGCUAAGAACAAGACGGUGGCGACCCGUUCACCGGCCUCAACGCCGACCCGCACCACGGUGCCCAUCAGCCAGCUGCAGGAACUGAUCAGCCAGAAGCUGGAGAAGACGGAGCGGCUGCUGACGGAGGCGCGAGGGGAGGCUGAGGGGAAGAUGAAGGGGAAGGAGUCGACUGAAGCUGAGAGACUCCUGAAGGAGGCGGCGGUGGCGUGGAGCCAGGCCCGGGAUGUGCUGGAGGAGGUGAAGGAGCUGAGAGCGUUGUACCAACAACUGGACUCCUCCUCCCCCGUCACCCCCUCUAACAGCACCAAACUGAACCCAGACCGCAAGAGCCCAAUGUGAGCCGCGUGGUUCUGACUCCUUCUGGUACAAACCGGUUCAUACUGGUUCAGUCCAGGUAGCGCCAACGCUGAACGCUGCUUCUGCUGGUUGGACUUCAGAUGAAGCUGCUGAGAACACGAUCAACCACUUUUAAAUUAUUUGGAAUAAAUCAGAUUCCCAGCAGUCAGGAGGGACCAGGACCAGGACCAGGACCCGACGAUACCGCUCAGCGCUCAGCUGCUCAAUGCCUCUCCACUAAAUAUCUUCCUCGCUUUGUAGCAUAAAUUUAACUUAACGUGUCCUUUGGAAGUUUCCUUAAAUACUUUUAUAAUCUCUAGACGUCUGUUUUCGGUUGCACAAACACUUGAGGAACCUUUAAGGAAAACUUCUCGUCAAAGUGAAAGAAAAUGUGCCAAGAUGAGAAAAACCAUCACUUUGGAUCCUUUUUAUUUGGCUUUAUGAAUAUUCAACAUGUUGGAGAUGUGUUGUUAUGUCUUUAGAGAAAUCUAAAGUAGAUGAAGUUUUAUGCAGCUGACGGUACAAAUGCAGAGUAAAUACUGUAUGAAUGCUGUGGAGGUCAGAGGUCAAAGGUGGAGGAGGUCCAGUCAGCUUCAGGAUUCAUUCCUGGUUGUUAUACGUCGUACAAACUACAGACUGAGACCUUAAAGGUACUAUAUGGAAUAAUUUACAUGCAUUAAUUGCUUGUGUUGCCAUUGUUUGAACAGAUUGUAGUUUAAAAACUGAGACCUUCCACGACUUUCUCGGUUGUCUUUAACAGCCUGCGGACUGAUUUCUAUGUAAAGGACUCGGGACGGUUUUGCUUGGUAACUCUAUCUGAUGAAGUCAUUUGCAAAUGGCGAGUUAGUUAGCAUCAUUGAGAUUAGACAUAACAGAUAGUAACGGUGAUAUAUGAUUGUAAUGUAACAUCAUGUCACUGUUUUGGCCGAUGCCCAGGAUGAUCGCUCGCCCCGACGGAGUGACUACUGAGUGCUUAACGGCCACCGGUGUGAUUAAUAACAAGGAUUUUAUAAAAGUAACAUAUAGUACCUUUAAAACCUACUGAGUGCUCUUCCUCUUCCAUUUGGACUCAGAACCAGUGUCUUCAGGUUUUCAUCCAGGGAUUGGGUAGAAAGGUCACAGCUCAGGUAAAGUUGUUGGACCAUUAACAGAUAAUAUGUCUUUUUAGUACAGUUUGUUGAAUAUAAUAACAUAGAUAUAAUAAAAUAUAAAACUACUCGUCAAAAUUACAAAACAAUGUCAGCAAAAUGGGAAAAAACGGGAAAGCCUCCUGUUAUUCCCAUUUAAACAUUUAGGUAAUACCUCAAAGUCAUAUUUUACUUACCAUUUUAUUUUCAUCAUUUCAUCUGUAUUUUUCUUCUGGUGGUGGAAAUCAGCGUCCUAAAGUCCUGAUCCGUUGAGAAGAACAAUGAAACACUGAAAAGAGACAUUAAAACCUCCUGAAGUUGGUUUCUGUUGUUUGUGUUGAUGGAAGCAAUAACAAAGUGACGUCACACCAAAGACACAAAACAAAUCAUUUAAAAUCUUCAUCUGGAUUCAGAGAUUUAACCACAGAUUCACAAAGAAAACACAGACAAUAAAGGAAUAUUCCAACAUUUUGGAAGUCUGUAAAUUGGAGGAGGUUAAAUAUCACUGUGUUUUCAUCACUGAUGUACAACAUGAUCCAACCUGUCGAGGGUCUGACCUCUGACCUCUGACCUCUAGUUCAGCCUCGUUUUGUGAAGAAAAUAGUAUUUUCAAAAAUCAGCUAUGCAAAUGUUGUAUGUGGAAGAAAAUACAUCCGGCGGGUUUGUUAGAGUUCAGUGAUGAGAAACUCUGAAUGUAAACACAAAGUUUGAGCAGGUUACGUUUCUGAAAAUGAAACUUCACAUAAAUGUUUUCAUUUUCAAAUGGUUCGAAAACCCCAUCUGAAUUUAAACUGUGACUUAAUGAUGCUUGUAUAAAUGGAAAAUCAGGUUAUAUUGCUUAUAUACUGUAUGGUCACAGAACGCCCAUACGAGUUAAAUGAAAUUUAGAUUAUUGCAUUUUCAUUUUAUAUUUUACUCAAAUAACACAGACAUAUGUGGACAAUUAUAAAUCUAUUAUGGAAUUACAUUUUCACAUUUACAUUAUCAUUUUAAUAAAUUCCCCUGUGGGCUUCCAUAAUUAAUAGUUCAGGUAAAAUCUAGAAAUCAUCCUGUUUUCACUGAUCUGUUUACUUCCCGUCUCCAUCGUCUGUUUGUUUCUGUGGCACUGAGCCGCUGCUGUAGCCUUAAAGCCAGAGGGGAUGAUGGGAGAUGUAGUCCUGUAGUGAUGUGACGCUGUGAGUCCUGAUCAGUUCAUGUGCUAAAAAUAAAACCUGCAAACUGAACCUG